AUGGGUGAUCCAUCACUUGGAUGUAAAGAUUUAAAUGGAGAAUUAAACGAGGAUGUAUACAUAACUCAGCCAGAAGGUUUUGAAAAUAAAGGGACUUCGCUCAACGUUAUCAAGCAAUUCAAAGAUGAUAUGUCAAGAAGAUUUGAGAUGUCAGAUCUCGGGAAGCUUACAUACUAUCUUGGAAUAGAAGUAACGCAAGGAGCUGAUGGCAUUCAAAUCAAGCUAGGAGGAUACGCGCAAGGUAUACUUGUCAAGACGAAGAUGGAGUCAUGUAACUAUACUCACGUUCCGAUGCAUACAAGUUUGAAAAUAUCAAAGGCAGUGGAGGAGCCUGGGAUUGAUGCAACAUCGUAUCAAAGCACCAUAGGAUGCUUAAGGUAUCUUCUUCAUUUACGACCGGACUUGGCGUUUUUGGACACCACUGAGUAUGGUCUCUUCUUCAAACGGAGUGGAACAAUGGAGAUUACAGGUUACAGUGACAGCAGCCAUAACAUAGACGUUGAUGAUGGAAGAAGCACAACAGGGUUUAUGUUCUACCUAGGAACAUCGCCGAUCACGUUGACAUCAUGCAAGCAACCCACAGUGGCAUUCUCUUCCUGUGAGGCGGAGUACAUGGCAGCUACAGAAGCCGAAAAACAAACAAUAUGGUUAAUGGUCGAGAUCAUGAACAAAUAA